CCAGGCACGACAUUCUCCAUUACGCUCUAUCUCUACGACGACAGCAGCAUUCCGCCAUCCUCACCCCGCCGUCACCUAUGUGCGCCGUCGACACCCGUUGUUGACCUCGCUGCGGCUCCGAUCUGUGCGGCUGCUGCCGAUCCGGUGUUGACGCAAUCGCAAGUCCAGCACCGCCGACGAAAACGGCACCCCGACACAGUCUCCCCCCAGUUUCUUUACCACGACCGCAGCAACGGCGCUGCUCGCUGCUGCCAUGCCUCUCCAUACGGAGCGCCCAAUUGUGCGCGUUGAGCCCGGCUCUAUGCACACGAUAGAGACGCGGAAUCCGGAGAACUUGUUCGGCCUGUGGUCUGUCUUCUCCAAAUGCUCUCCCGCAAUGGAGGACGGAAAACGGUAUGAGAAUAUGGCCUGGCGGCUCUGGUCCCGUGAGACCUUCUGCUGCGCCCCCGAUCACAUCUUUCCCCCUCGUUGGUCAUUUGGACGGCGUCUGUCCAGCGACGCCGAGAUCCCAGAGUUGUCUUCCAGCGUGGCCUCGGACGACUCUAAUUCGGAAACUGCCAUCACGGCAACUGCCAGCUCGCGCUCGAACUCGUCUUCACGUCCAGACAUCCGCCGCCACGACUCCACGGACAGCAGGAAUCGCGGUCGGGAAAAGCACAUCACCCCCAUUGACUUGGAGAAGGUCCUCAGCGAAGACACCACCCCUCGCCCUUCCUCCCCCCCACCAACGGCAGCCCGCUUCGUUCCAGAAUCAUCAACUUCAACAGUAGCCACAGCGCUCGGCAGCGAUAGCAUGAGUCCGCCCGUUGGCUCUGAUGCAAGCACGUCCACAGACCUGAGCUCACACAGCAUCGUCCGUGGAUUCGACUCCUCCCGUAUCUCUACUUCAAUGCGUUCCAGCACCAACCUGAACCCUACGCCCAUCCUCAAAAACUCCACCCAUUCUAAGCCUGAGCCCACCAAGGCCGAGCCAAUGAAGAAGAAGCAGCCUAUGUUCACCCUAGGUGGUUCGUCUGACGAGGACAACACCAGCUCGUUCGAAACGUCCAUGUGCAUGGCAAAGCGCAGCUCUCUAUCAGAUGGUUUGAAGAAGCCUGCAAUUUCGCGUAAGACAACCUCCUUCAAGGAGGAGGUCACCACCCGGACCAUCCAGGAUGCCAUUUCUUCUGAAGAGAGCGAGGAGGCCAUCGAGAGCGAAAGCGAAGAGGAGGACUCAGACAAUGCAAUUGAGGACUCGGAAGAUGAGGACGAUUGGGAGGACGAGGACGUAAGUGGGCCAUCCAGCAUGACCGAGAAGGAUGGUCCCAUACAUUUCCCAAGAGUGGAUUCGAGGCCCGAACUCCGCUCCAACCGUUCCCUCCUGACCACGCUCAUGCAUGAAGGUGAACGCGCACAGGGCUUCCAGAGUGCAGCACUCCAGAAUGCAGCCUCACGGUCCACUCCCCUUAUUCGACGAUCUCGAACCUCCAACGGGCCAUCCACCGGUAACUCUCCCCAAGAAGAUAGCGGCCUCAUGAUGAGGACCCAAGUAACUCGGUCGAAACCAAUUAUCAUGACUACCUCCAAUGUACACCCGCCUGCACUUUCCCCCCGUACCACACGCCGCAAUAUGCUGCAGACGGAGCUCACUCAGUCCCUUCGUCAAAACCUUCUCUGGGAACGGCAGCAGAAGAAUGCGACGACCAACGCUGUUAACAAGCGUCAACACUCAGCGGUAUCGAUACCUGCCCUCCGUCGAGCUGCGACCACCAAUGACAUCAAGGGUCUCAACGCAUUCCCCCAGCAAGGGGUGAACAAAUCAUUAACCUUCAAAGACGCCACUAAAAACAACAAUUCAUAUAACGAUUACUUCGACCAGGGCCUUCAGGAGUAUCACCAGAAGGGAUGGUAG